UUAAGACAUGGAUAUAGAAAUAAUUGAUGUCACGCAUAAUGUAACUGAGAAUUCAGACAUGGAUAUAAAGGUAACAAUGUAUCUGAAAGGUAACUGAUGUCAUUCACGAUGUAACUGAGAAUUAAGACAUGGAUAUAAAGGCAACUGAUGUUGCUCACAAUGUAACUGACUAUACUACUUACACUGAGAUAGAUUGGAAAGCAGGAUUUAAUUCAUUCAAAAUAGGAAUGAAUAAACUAUGGCCCAUCAUGCAGGUGUAUGCUUAUGCUAUACUUGGCUUGACAAUAUUCCUGGGGAAUGGUAUUUUUAUUGUGGCUAUCGCAAAGUUUAAGAGACUUAAAACUGUGACCAAUAGACUAAUCUUGAGUAUUCUAAUCUGUAAUGUCAUGACCAGUGGAUUUCUUAUGUACUAUGCAUACAUGUGCAAGCUCAAUUCCAGAUUAUUCAAGAAAGAUCAGCUCGCAUGCCUUGCUAAAUGUGCCGUCAUUGUACUGGUCAGUGUUAAAACAAUGAUGACAUUACUGGUGAUUCUUGCUGAACGUUACAUAGCCCUCAAGGAGCAAGGUGUUUAUCGAUCCACUUGUAGGAUUCAAGGCUGCAUCGUCUGUAUUAUUAUCUUCCUCUGGAUCUAUGCCCUCAUAGCAGCUGCACUACCCUUUCUCCUUAAUAGAUGGGCCAUGGUUCGCCUCUGUGUUAUAAGCAUCCUAUUGGACAGGAUCUAUUUGAUUGCUUUGUUGGGUCACUUUGGUGGCUUUACUGUUAUCUCCAUCUACUUGUACCUCUAUCUUCUUUUUGGUGUCAAACCAAAAGUAAACAAUCGAAAAUCACUGCAAACUAGCAAAAAGAAGCAAAAACUUGAGCGUAGAAAAGUGUUGAUUAGUUUUCAGUAUCUUAAUGCUGCAGCUUUAGUGACCUUGACCUUCAUCUUCUGUUGGGCACCAUUCUAUGUGAUACUGCUGCUCCAGGUCCUCGAUGUCAAGUGGUCUAUCAUGAAUGAGAUGCAAAAUAUUGCCCUGAUGGUAGGGUUCAUCAGUGGUGCUCUCACACCUCUAAUACUCAUCUUCCAGAUCUCCCACUUCAAACAGAGUCUCCGUAAGAUCAUCUGCUGUUGUUGACAUACACUUGACCAAGGAGAUUUACAAGAAAAAUAUGAAGAGAAAAAUAGCAUGUUAUACACACUAAAAGGAAAAAUAAAUAGUACCGUGGGUACGAGGCUCACAUGGGAAGAAAUCAAAAUAGCAACCAUUUUGAAAUGAGGGGAGCUUUUGAGUUGCCACUUAUGGGAGAAUCAAAGACAUCAUAGAGAUCCAUUUUUGUUAAAUUGUCAUGGAAGAUUACAAAUGUGGCAUCAAUUUGUUAACAGAGGGACAGAAGGAUGGACUGAUGGAUAGACAGAUGGACAGAGAGGGUCUAAAUACAAUACUACAAUUAUAAAUACAAUGAUAACAUUAAUGGAUAAUGGCCCUGAGUGCAGUUCUGAUUUUGCUAUAAGAACACCUAACAUUAAUGAAGUAAAAACCACAAUGAAAAUAAAAGAUGAAUAAAACAAUUACAAACACACAUUUUUAGUACAUUUUAC